CGGCUAACUUGAAAAUGGCGGAUGUGGAGAAGACGGUCGAAGUGCUGGAAAAAUUUGAACUCCAGCGCCUGCAAGAAGACUGGGUGAAGUCUAUAUGGGAUAGUGAUUUUACAGACAUCGACCCGAUUGAUAUCGACUUACAGAAUGACUUCCAAGAGAUUGACUUCCAUCGCCAGUCGCUUCGUCUGCUGCAGGAAAUUCUUGUGGACUGGAUCACCCACAAGGAAGGGGGUCAGGGAGAAGGAUUCUGGACUGUCCUGGUGGAGAAUGAUAUUCAACACAAGCACCUCAUCGCUUUGUUGGCAUACCUUAUUGACAUAGGACAAUCGAAAACUGCAGACAGCAUGAAAAAAGAAUCGGCCAUUUUAUCGUGUUCAGGCUACCUCAAGUUGUUAGCAGUUCCUGGCAGCAGCGCCUUCAAUGUGUUCCAUCCAGUACUGUACGAGAAGACAAUCGAUACGCUGAAACUGUUGACGUCAGUUGAUUCCAGUAAGAGAAAAAAAAGUACUGUGAGAGGCGGGAAACAAAAAGGAAAGAAAAGUCGAGACAGCAGAGAGGCAGAUCCUACAGUUGAUAUUAACAUGGACUUCAGUAUGGAUGAAGAUGAGGACACCGAGGAAAUGGCACCUCAAGUAGCCAUGGCCAUCAAGAAACUCCUGAUGGAUGUUCUACGGGACCUUGUGUUUCUGUUGGAGACGACACCAUUGCGUCAGUCCGAGGCAUCGCUGUACCACACCGUACAGAUCUUGGUGGAACUUACUCGCCACGACUCGGAGGCCUUCAGUGGAAACUUCACUGAGAGAUGCCCUACAUCCAGGUUACCCGUAGUUGGCCUUGCUUAUAAGGGUCUUGGGUUCCUGUGCCUUCCCCUACAUAACCAUGUUGUGUCCUUGUUCCAUGAACUCUGUAAAAACCUCCUGCAGAAUCUUCUCAUGUUGAUUGGAGAAAACAAGGCUGUGGCAGCCACUGCUAUCCCCAAACCUGUUCAGGUCACAGCGAACCACGCAACAUCCUUCAUCUGCCACAUGAUGAAACAGUGCGGAGAUCGGGUUCACUCAAGCGUACGGACUCUAAUUCAGCACAUGUGUACCAAGGUCCCAGACAAAGUGGAGUACAGGUCAAGGGUCACACAGUCUGUGAUUAAAAUUCUGAAUGAGUUACCGAACGAAGCAUUUGCUAAAGUUGUGGAAUGGUUGUACCGUUUAUCAAAGCAUGCAAAGAACGCCAAUCGCGCUUUCACCAUAGAUAUAGCGGCGAUGCUGCUGUCGAUACCCGAGAGAGAUGUUGAUGAAAACUUUGACGAAGGACUAGCAGACAAUAUGAAGCAUCUGUCACUGAUGGGACUCCUGUUGGCUCGGUGUUCUGAUAUCGCUCCUACUGUUCGCGCCAGAGCUAUAACAGCCUUCGCCCAGUGUUUCGUGUCGUCUGACAACAAUAUCCGAGUGGCUUUAAAGGAGAUUGUCACCCCCUGUCUAGGGUCUCGUCCUGCCCAUGCUCCACAUCUCAUCCCUACCCCAGCGAUGGACAACCGCGCACAACAACUCACAACAGAUGAAGAAGCAGCAGAGAAAACUCUGAAUCGUACAGCUACCAACACUCAAUCCCGACUCAACCCUAAAACUCCUUUUGGGGGAGUUUUGCUGACUCCCUUUAACCCAAACCUUGCUGAUGAUGAUGGCGUGAUGUCUAUGUUACGGAGGAGAUCACGUGACGAGAAGGUGAACGUGAGGAAGGCAGCACUGCUAGCUGUGGAGAACAUUAUUAGGUUUGAAGCCCCUGACUAUAGGAGACAAAAUCUCGAGUUAUUGGUUGAGAGAUGCAGAGAUCCCGCAUUGUCAGCACGGAAACAGGCCAUGCAGUCUCUGACCUCUCUACUGCUGGAAAUGCCGGAAGAAAAAACCCUUCAACAAGCUUGGCUGGAAGGCGUGAUGCCACUGAUUAUCGACCGGGAGUCGAGUCUCCAAGACAAGUGUAUGGAAAUCCUCGAGGACAUGUUACUUCACAAGAUUGUUCCUGUCCACAAGUCGGCAGGCUCCGCCCAAACUCUCGCCUGGGACUUACUCACUAUCAUGGAACAAUCAGAAAACAUUGAGCUCAGGCGUUACCUUCGGAAGGCAUGCAUACAAUGGAACAGACAGGGCAAGAUAAAGGCAAACUUGAUUUCGGCCCUGGAGACCCAUAUAGAUACUGACAAUAACCAGAAUACCUGGAUGUUGCUGUCUGAAAUAGCCCCGACUUCCUCUAAAAUCAGCCAUAAGUUUGUGCUUGAUUACUGGCAGAAACAACCAGCAGCCACCCAAGAGUCUGAUUAUGUAACAAUACAGCGAGUUCUCACCGUAAUGACCAGUACAGCUAAGAACAUCCCGUCAGCAGACCGUACUACAAUCAUAGAUGAUUUGAAGGCACGUCUUCUACAGUUUGAUUCUCCGACAGAACUCAUUGCCAUUACCAUCAAAACCCUGUCUAAGCUGUGUGAGGCGGAAGCUGACAAUUCUGGAGACAAGGCGACGCGUGACGCUUGGUGUCGUGAUUUACUGAACGCCUGUGACAAGUACCUAUCCCAUGUCAUACUGGAGGAAAAAUGUGGUGUAGAAGAUGAAGAUUUGGUGGUGCGACACUUAUUUACACUAGGAGAGGUGGUACAGAUCUGUCCAGCCAGAGCCUCCAAACAUAUCUCCCUCAUCAUAGAAAGUUUCAUAGCAGCACCGUGUAUAUCAUCAAUGCCGGUCUUGUCGCAGCAAACAAAUAUACAUACAGGGGAUUUGUGGCACAGUAAAGAAUCGGAAAAUAGCGGCAGCUCUAAUCCCGACUCUGACGGUCUCCUGGCAACACAGCCGCCACAGGACCCAUCCUCCCAACAGGAAUUCAGCACGCAAGGAACCCAGAUCUUCACACAAUUCCGCGGCUCCAAGAUGUCAAACAGGAUCAGGGCCUUUGCCUUCAUUACAUUAGGCAAGCUUUGUCUCCAGAACUCAAACCUGGCCAAGAAGUGUGUAGCAGCUCUGGCUCGUGAACUGGAAACCUCAAAUGAUGCAGCCAUUCGCAACAACGUUGUCAUCAUCAUGUGUGACCUUUGUGUCAGAUACACAACGACAGCAGAUCGCUACAUUUCAAAUAUUGCUUCAUGUUUAAAGGACAAUUCCCCAUUGGUCAGAAAACAAACACUAACCAUCCUCACCCGUCUACUACAGGAAGAUUUUAUAAAAUGGAAGGGGAUCCUGUUCUUUCGUUUCAUCACCACUCUGCUAGAUGAGUGUGAUAAGAUCGCUGAUUUUGCGGAGUUCUGCCUAAUCCACAUGUUGUUCCAGAGACACCCCUCCAUGUUUUUCCACCAUUUUAUGGAAUGUAUCUUUCACUUCAAUGCAUACCAGGGCCAUGGAGCUUACAACAAAUUUCACCAAAGUGACAGAGACAAAGUAAAGUUUUCACUUGCAGGCAAAGACAAUUUCAGUAAACGACAGAAGUUGUACCUGUUCAUGUUGGAGCACAUGACGGACCAUCAUAGAUUCCAACUUACAGACAAGAUCGUACAGGAGAUUCUAGGAGGUAUAGUGGAUGGCAUCAUCCCUUUGGAUGAGGGCAGUGCCUGUCUUCAGGAUUCUCUGGCAAUAUUAGCCAGUAAGGAAAUCAAGCUUUCGUCACUCAAGGAGACCAGGGAAGAUGCCACUGAUGAACAAGAAAUGGCUGCAGUUGUCAUGGCAACCGCAAAGAAGACAGUGAUAACACAGGUGUUGAAAAAAAAUGUGAUCGAGCAUGUCAUUCCUGUAGUUAUCUCCCUUAAACACAUGUUAGAGCAGAAGCGAUCACCACUCCAGCAAGAUAUUGUGGCAUACCUCAUUGAACUCAUGAAGGACUUCAAAAAUGAGGUCAAAGAAAUUUUGUCAGCUGACAAGCAGUUGGCGAGUGAGAUCGAGUUUGAUCGUAGGAAGUUUGAGCAGCAAGAGCAGACCAGAGAGGAGAACAAGAAUACCGGCCCUGAUAUACAGGGUACUCCUGUGGCGAGACGACGGGAUUCUACGUCCAAAGGUGUCACUCCCUCCAAGACUGUUCCAGGCUCCACUCCAGUGCCAUCCAUGCAGGCUUCUCCUCGUCCCCAGAGUCCAGGCACGGCCAACCCUGCCACCCCCAGGGUAGGAUCCCCUGGUCAGCCAACCACACCAGGAGCAUCGCCCACAUCAACACCCCCGCGGUCUGUCCAGAGGCCUGCUACAAACAGAAAAGAAACUUCUCUGUCAACCAUUGCUAUCAAGAAUUGUGCCCGACAAAUGGUUGAAGUAUUAAACCAGCACCAGAAGAGCCUGUCCAAGUCCCCAGCCAGAGGUGGAAGCACCCCAAACAGAGGUGUAAAUACCCCAGCCCGGGGCACAAAGUCACCGGCCAGAGGUGGAAACACCCCAAACACAGGUGUAAAUACCCCAGCCCGGGGCACAAAGUCCCCAGCCAGAGGUGGAAACACCCCAAACACAGGUGUAAAUACCCCAGCCCGGGGCACAAAGUCACCGGCCAGUGGUGGAAGCAAAGACUCUGAAGCUCCAGAGUCCAACAGCAGAAGAUGCAGGGUCCAGAUCAGAUGUGAUCUAAUGGAUGAAGAUGAGGAAGCGACCCCUGAGGUGACGGAGGAGAGAAGUGGGAAGCUUACACCACGACACCCUACUCUGAAAAACAGAGCUAUCAGUACUCCAUCAGAUAAUUCUCCCAAAGGUGUGCUAGGCAACAUCACAUUCCACAACAUGGAGCAGAACAUGACAAUGAUAGCGCCCUCACCGAUCCCAGUAUCUUUGUCUACUAUGAGAGUAUGCUGGGAUGAUGAAACAGGGACACCUUUGACCCCUCCCAAAGGACACGGUAAAGGGAAGGCUGCCGAGGAAAUGUUCUCACCUGACAAACUUCUUCAAAAACCAAGAAAGUGGAAGGUACAGUCUCCAGCCCCAGCAGUUUUACAGAAUGGUAUGCAGCCCCAGGCCAAGGAAAGUAGCCAGGAAAAUGUGCCAGAAGACAGUAUCACAGCACUAACGAAAGAAAAACCAACAAAUAAAAGUCGGCCCGCUACUCGGAGAAGUGGACGUCGUAAAACUAAAUGUUAAUCCUUAAAUGUAAAUUAUAAUAUAUUAUUGUAACGAUAGGCCAGUCGAUGGAGCCUUUCAAAAAACAUCAGGAUGUUUAAGAAAUGUCGGCCGUGAACUAUUACAGCUCUCAAUGGAGAAAACAUGUCUGUUCUGAAGGUGGAUUUGUAAUGGCUGUAUUUGAGAACUCAAAAUACUGUAGAUCAUGUCGUUCUACAGGAUAGCAAAGCUUUGUGUGUGGAAUUCUGAAACAUUAAUCAGAUGUGCAAGUAAAGAAUUUGUGUUGGUGAUUACGGAUUUAAAAAACGUCAUGUCGGAAGUUUAUCAGGAUAUAUGUGUAUCACCCAGGAAAGGUAAACAUGUUUAUUAGGACAUCUGACCCAAAGGAAUUUUAAUCCUUGCUGUAAUAGCCUUCAAAUUCAGUGUCAUGCCUUGAAAGGCUUGGAAUUUGGCAUGAAAGCCUUGAAAAGUCCUUGAAUCAAGAUCCUAGAGUGUCUUUGAUGUUAGAAUGAAAAUACUUGUAUUCUUUAUUUAAAAAAAUAUUCAAAGUGGCCAGUCGGAUUGAGUACACUUGCAUUGUUACAUAAUCUCAGUUUUACCUAACGGCAAUGAUCACUCCUUGCCAUCACUGUCCCUAAAAAGGCCUUGGAAUUGAAUGUGUCCAUGUCUGUAUAUAGUAAAACAUGAGAAAUACAUAUGUAAGCAUGUUUCUCAAUUUCUUAAAUAAAUGUAAAAUUACAUCUGAACUGAA